AAGUUGCGGCCAUCAGCUGGAACUAGUUAGUUGAUGGCCGGCAGUGGAACGAGUAACAUUGAAUCGGUUGGCUGGUAGCACUAGGCGCGCACGGACGUUACAAAUUGCCUGUCUUUUGAUUAAUAAACAAAAACCUUGGCUAGUGUGUAUAUUUUAUUUUUGGUGUAAAAGGAAAUGAAAUUCAUAAUCAAAGAAAAGUGAACGCGCUUAUUUAUUACACGAAUAAAAAGUAGAGAAAAUUUUAGGAAGAAAAAAUACGUCAGCGUGCGUAAAAGCGUAACCGUUAGAAGUGUUUUUUUUCGGGCGUAUUUCAACGUAUGCACUUGAUAGGGUUGAUCGGAAGCGCCACUGCUGGAGUAGUAUCUAUAAAUGUUUGUAUCGCCGCGUCUUCCGCGCAUAAAUCACUUUCGCGUGUCAGGGUAUAGUACGUACGCGCGCGUGUGUGUGUAAGUUUUCCGGGCUUUGCUGUUGGGUGGCGGCGCAUAAUCAUUUUACCACCUUCUUUGGCUAAAUUUUUCGUCCCAACUAUUAUAUAGGCGCCUACACUUUCGCACGCGCUCGCUCGCCUCUGGCGUCCGCAACGAUGAGUGUUGUGUCUUCAACUCUGCUGGCUCAACAAGUCAACAACUGGCAAUUGGAGGAUUUUGCUUGCUUUCGAAAAUGUGGCGAAAUUACCGUGUCCCCCGAUGCGCAAACUUAUGGCAUGAAUUGUUGCUUUUGCGCUGGUAUUUGCUUGCAAUUCGAUGUUUUUAUAGAGCAUAUGCGCGAGGUGCACGCGGAGCGGAUCAGUGCGCUGUAUCAGCAAUCGGAAACGCCGCCGCUCGCGGAGGGGAAAGACGAACAGAGCACACAAACAACGUGCGCAGAAAUGGAAACCUAUUACGUUGACGCGGCUAAUGCCGUCGCCCCUGCCAUCGACGAUUUUGAUAUUGAUGUAGAAUGCAUUGAUGGCGAUGAAUGCGCUUUCAGUUACAACACGAACAACAACUAUAAUUGCGGCGCUGCCGUAGGCGCUCUUGCUGACGCUAGCAGUGACACUGAAAGCGGCUCCACCGCCGCUCUCGCCGCCAAUGCCGCGAAAUCUCGCGUUCCACGAUAUCAGCUACGCCGUCAGCGCACAGCUGGUGUAGAAAAUAGGGCAAUCGAAGAUAAGUCGCGCAAGGUAUGCAGUUGGAAUGAAGCACGGUCAGCAAAAUGUAAUGGGACUUUGGGAAAAUUCAAAACACUUACGACAACACAAACACCACCAACACCCGCGCCCACACCAUCACCAUGGACAACGCCAGUGCAGAAUGGCCGCAGGGAAGAAGGAACCACAGCGACAGUGACAGAAAGUGUAAGCGAAAUACUUGCCAUAGCAAUGGACACACCUGGUGUGCAUGGUGCCGGCGAUUGCUUGGGGGUGGCAAUAGAUAUGGCCGAUGUCGUUGGUGUGGCCGGGGCUGUGCAUGUGACUGGUAUGGAUGAGGCGCAGCAUGGACCGGAAGCGCCGCAAGAAGUGGACUUGGUGUAUGUAAUGGAAAGUGCAACGCCAGACGGUGUUAUUGAGGAAGAAACCGUUGUGGAUCCAUUCGAAAUGGUGCAAGGCUGGCGGCGUUCAACAGACUCGUCCGAG